AUGGCGAACGACGGUGAGUGAGAAAAUAUUCUUCGUUUACUUUCAUUAUUUUACAGUUUGGUUUAGUUUUUAAUUGUUGUUUUAAAAGUUUAGGUAUUUAGAUUAUAUAGUGUGCACAUUUGCAAGUAUUUAGCAUCCGUAAUUAUCAGUUUGAAUUGUAUUUUUGUUGCAUAUUAAUACUGUAUUUCUGUUUGACAUGUUUGUGACAGCAUGUACAAUAUUGAUAAAUAUUAGCGGAUAUUUCAGUUUUGAAUAAGGAUAUCACCAGGUUUUAUGACAAACGACAAAUUCAGGACAUAUUUGUUUAAGAUGUAAUAGAUUUGAUUGUAAGAUUUACUGUGCUAUACAAACUAUAUAUAGAAUAAUAAUUCAUAAUUGCUUAUAAGUAUGUCAAAUAUGUCCAUGUUUUGAAUUGAAAAAUUCUUGUAAAUUAGAUGUUUUACAAAAAGAUCUGUGCAGGAGAAACCUGCAAAAUAUACAUGGCAGACUAGUUUGCCAAGUUUUCAAACUCGAAUAGACCUUUCCUCUUUUGAGUGAAAUUUUGAUCUAGACAAGUCUGGACAAAAAUUUCAGUCAUUUGGUAUUACAAACAGGAAAUUGAUAAUCAGAUGAUCAAACUGAUGCAAAAUGUUAGAUUGUUAGAUUUCGCAACGAAACUUCGGAAUAUUACUAAUUUUGUGAUGCUAUUUCAAGCUGUGAUGAAAUUGUUGCCCCUGGAGGCAUAUCUAGAUCAAAAUUUCACUCAUAAGGGGAAAGGUCUAUUGAUAAAAGCUUAAUCACAUUUGCUUUCCAGUCGAGCUUCAGAAAGCCCAAAAUCACCUCAGCCUUUUGCGGCAAGAGUAUGUGAAACUGCAGAAUAAACAUGUGGAGCUGGAACAGAAGUAUAACUUGCUUGUUGUGCAAACUGGUAGGGGUGAAUUUGAGAAAGACAGUUUCGUGGCAAGACUCCUGAAUAGUGUUGCUGAGCUGUAUGAUAAAGAACUGUACAGGUACUAAAGGCACCUUUGCAAGGCAAAAAACUGUAUGUUUUAAUUUUGCACAUAUUCCAAAAUGUUUUGUGAAUGAAUGUUAUUUUUAGUGAUAUCACAGUAAAGAUUGCUGGACAAAAGUUGAGUGCACAUAAGUUCAUCAUGGCAGCUCGGAGUGAUUUCUGGAGCAAUCGAGAUUUGAAUGAACUGAGUGAACUUGAAUUGACAGGUAUGUGGAUUGAUACAUAUCAUUACCCAAUGAGCACCAGCACUCUCCCCUUGCCGAGUUAGAUUGUCUGGCAUUAGACAGAGUAAAAUAAUAAACAAUGGUGGACAACGUAAUGGGUUAAUUCAUCAUUUUUCUGUAUCAGACAGCUACCUGCAGAUCAAGGCAUAUUUUAAGGAAUUUACAGUGGUGGGCCAAAAUUUACGGUAGGGCCCCCGCGUCCCGCCCCCUGCCGGUCCAGCUCUGAGUAUAUUGAAUAUUUGUGUAGUAAUCGUGUUAAAACGCUUCCUGAACUUAUUGAGUGUCACAUUCAACACAUAUUUAUCAUUUCUAGUUUCUACACUACAGAGGGGUACUCCGCUAACUUCGAUACUGGCGUACUGGGGUACGUAUCAUGCCAUCAACGGCAUGGGUGACAAACCCCAUUUCUGAGUUUGCGGCACUAACAGAUGCAAUUGAUCUGACUAAAAAUACAAAAAAUACUGAAAUGAUUGUAAAUGAAAUGCAGUGUUGAAAGUGUUCCAGUUCCACUCUGGCACUCUCCACUAAAGUGACUAAACAGAAGUAAUUUACAAACAUUCACUUGAUUCCCAAUAAAAUUUUCUCAUAUACUCUCUAUCCUUAAAAAGUUCUGUCAGGUUGGGAAUUUCUUCUCGCAGUCUCUUAUUUUAAUAUUUUUUCUUUUCUGAUAACCACUCAUUUCCUUUCGCUUGUUGUUUGUCGCCAUAUUACAAAUUUAUAAAAAUUAUCAUUUUAUAUUUAAAUAAAAAUUGUGAAACAUUGGAGACAUGUGCCCCCAAUACGUAAUGUCAGAGGACAAAUAUUGACGUAUUUUGUGUUCUGCACGUGUAUAAUUUGAAACAAAACCAUUACUGCAAUAUAAAUGCCAUCAAGAAAUUGAAAGUUUAUAGACUAGCAUUUUAAUAGCUUGUUUAAGGUAAAUCAUUUUAUAUUCUUGAUGCUAAAAUGUAAAGACUGAAGCUGCGGGGGCCCACGCAGUGGUGGGCCAAUACCCUGUGAGUGGUGGGCCACUUGAGGGGCCUGGUGGGCCAAAUGGCCCACCAGUCUAUUACUUAAAAUAUGCCUUGCUGCAGAUUGAACUAAACUUCAGAAGUCUCCUGACACUAUAGGGGGAAUGAUAUUAAACCAAGCAGUAAAAUUUUGUCAAAUAUUUUGUUGUCAGAUAUAAGUGCGGAGGUUGGCCUUGCAUUGAUGAGAUGGGUGUACACAGACAAAGCUGAGAUAAAGAAUGAAGAAAAUUUCUUAGUUAAUCUUGUUAAAGCUGCAAAUCGUUAUAAAUUGACAGAGCUUCGAGGCAGGUGAGAGAAUUUAAUUCAGUCAGUUGGUCCAAGAGUUGGUUGGUCACUCCUUUGGUCAGCUCACAGUUGAUUGGUAGCUCGGUUGGUCAGUUAAUCUGUUGAUUGGUCAGUCAGUAAGCCAGCCAGUGAGUGCGCCAGUCAGGGGUAUUGGGUGUUCUGCAAUUUUGUAUUAAGUUUAGUGCAAAAUUUAUUUCAGAUGCGAGAGAAUGUUAAUGUCAUCAGUAUCUGUUUCAAAUUGCAUCAAGUUUUAUCAAACUGCUGAGGAUAUUGGCGCUGACGGACUGAGAAAAUAUUGUGAAGAAAUUAUUACAAGUCACUGGGUACGUAAAUGAUUACUGUUCAUUUUCUACCUUUUUAACAGCAGAUGAUUUUGCCUGUUGUAUUCAUAUCAUUGCACAUUUUGAGCUGUUUUCUAAUUUUUAGUCAGAUUUAAGAACUGAGGAUUUUGGCAACAUGUCAGCCUCGCUGCUCUAUCAAAUGUUUAAAUCAAAGUCAUCGUUUCCACUACAUCUCGCGAUCAAACAUCAUCGAGAAGAUGUGGUAUUUCUCUUCCUGAUUGAGUUUAAUUCACAGGUGGGUUCAACUGAACUCUUGUAGUAUGAAGUACUGCAAUAUGGAGAUAAAGUUCUUACUCUGCAUAUUUUUAGUUGUAACAGUAAUUUACAAUAUGCAUUGAAGGGUAAUAUUUAUACUAGUUACUGGAUGCCGAUGACACAGUGGUUAGCUUGUGUGUCUUUCACAUCGAUGACCAUGGUUAUAUUGCUCCAAUAUGCAUAAUUUGUCUGCAUAAUUAUAAUUUUGCAACAGUUGCAUGUGAGUUCUAAGAGUGCUUCAUUGACUCUAUCAAACACCACAGGUUUCCUCCUGCAGUAUAACACUGGGCUAAUAAAUGUGAUCCUUACUGGACCUCUAGGGAGAACAGUUUAGAACUGAUAGAGCUAUCCUGUAUAAGUAAAGUUAGUUUAGUUUAGGUUUCCUCUUGUUAUAACACAGGUUGCACUUAGAAGAACAGUUUAGAACUAAUAGAGCUAUCCAGUAUAAAUAAAGUUAGUUUAGUUUAGGUUUCCUCCUGUAGUAACAUUGGAUCAAUAAGAGAUGAGAGAUGAUCUUUACUGGUCCUCUAGGAAGAACAGUUUAGAACUGACGGAGCUAUCCAGUAUAAAUAAAGUUAGUUUAGUUUAGGUUUCCUCCUGUAGUAACACUGGAUCAAUAAGAGAUGACCCUUACUGGACCUCUAGGGAAAACAGUUUAGAACUGAUAGCCAGGUGAUCUCGUGUUCGUAUUUUAGCCAAUCAGCGCUCAGAAAGGAUUGUCCGAAUAGAAAUCCAUUUUGAUGUAUUCAGACAAUUAUAUCUUUCAUUAUUCUUUAUGAAACUAGUUGAAAUUUUGUAAUUAUGUUUGGUUAUGAGAACUAUUAUAGCUCUGACAAAAUAUGGAAUCGAAAUAAAGUAUAUUACAGGAGAUAUUCAGUUGUUUUAAUCAUAAAAUGGAUUUCUAUUUGACAACUAGUGCCAGUAUUUUUCCGCGUAUCAAGAUCACCUGGAGAGCUAUCCUGUAUAAAUAAAGUUAGUUUAGUUUAGGUUUCCUCCUGUAGUAACACUGGAUCAAUAAAGAUAAUUUUUACUAGGCAUCUAGGGCGAAAUGUUUUAACUGAUAAAGCUAUGUGGUAUAAAUAAAGUUAGUUUAGUGAAGGAUCUUUAUGACAUAAUCAUAUGGUGAAAUCUUUGUAGCUGCCUAAGAAGCUUGACGAGUUUGAUCCAUCAACAGGAGGUGUCCCUCUGAAUAUCGCCCUGCUUGAACAGCAAGAAAGCAUCGCUAAACAACUCGUCACCAAUGGUUGUGAUGUUGAUGUGCCUGACUCUGAGGGAUCAUGUUUACUUCAUAAAGCGAUCGAAAGAGGAGAUGAAUUUGCUUCAACCUUUUUAAUAAAAAAUGGUGCGAAGGUUAACGCUGUCACAACGACCGAGCAGAUCUCACCUCUUCAUCUGGCUGCUUCGUACAAGUAUGUGAUUAUUGCUUCCUUUGUUUCAAAACCGUUUUAUGAAAAUGAGUCUCCUAUAAUUUUUACAAUUAUCUAUUACUACAUCGAUCUAAUUUGCCUCACAAUUUCAAAACUUAGUAUAAUAACUCACUUGUUGUUAACUUAUAUAUGUUUUUUUAUUAAAUGUCAAACUUGUUUGAUGGUUUGAAUUUGUUCUGCAACAGGUUACGAAGUCAAAUUAAUGUAAUAUACCCUUCCGGAAUGUACUUAGCCUUGACUAUCGAGCCUCGCUUUCAUGAUUGCAAUCUCAUCUUUAGAGUAAUUUAUCUUGUUACUGCAUGAUGACCUAAUUAUGUAAAAGCCUCCCAUAUUCUCCAAUAUAACUGAGUGAAAUGUGUCGACUGUAACAAGAUGAAAGACUCUAAAGGAAAGGUUUAUUGGCUCACGUAAUGUACGGCGGAAGUUUAUAAAAAAAAAAAAUAAAAAAAAUUUAAUAGAUAAAUAAAUAAAAAUAAAUAAAUAGAUAGACUUGAAAACAGUAAACAAAAUAAUCAGCGUCAUAUUGUCUGGAGGCCACUGUAAUAAAAGUUCAUCAGACGUUGUUGUGUCGAGUCUCUUCUUGUCCACAUCUUUUUAUUUAUCGUAUUUACUUCUGCAUUGUAUAUAAUGAUAUAUUUUCAAACCUUUGUCAUUGUCAACCAUUACAUCACCUCUAGAGCAUGGUCAACAAUGCAUGAGAAGGCAGCCAGCUCAUCAAACAGAACCUCCGCUGAAGGAAUGGCGAGAGUUGUUCAACUGUUGAUGUCUUCUUCAGCUGAUCUAAAUUUACAAGACGUCAAUGGAUGGUAAGAAAAUAUCCAACCUCACAAGCGCGGCCCUUUACCUCGAAAAACUAUAUUCAUAUUUAAGACCUGACCGGGAGCAUUUUCAAAACAUGCUCAAAAGGCUCUGGCAAGGAUCUGCGCUUCGUCCAAGUUUUUUUGUUUGCUGCGUAAUGAUAGAUUGUCAUAUCAACAUCUUGAAUAUUCAUGAUUAGCGUGUAGCUCAGUUGGCAGAGCAUUGGGCUAGUAUUCCAAAGGUCGUAGGUUCGAUUCCCACCGUGGUCAGGCAUAUUUUUCAAGCUUGCCCGGUGUGGAUAUACACUCAGAGUAACAUCACAAGCAUCAUAUUCACCUGAGUACACAACACCAACACAGAAAAAUCAUGAUUAUUAUUAGAUAACAUUGAUAUCGAAGGAACUAGAUUCUGUUCCGAAAUAUCACAUACUUGAAUCGAGUUCACUGACUCGAACCGACCAGACCGCGUAGCUCAGUUGGCAGAGCAUUGGGCUAGUAUUCCAAAUGUCGUAGGUUCGAUUCCCACCGUGGUCAGGUAUAUUUUUCAAGCUUGCCCGGUGUGGAUAUACACUCUGCAGAGUAACAUCACAAGCAUCUUGAAUAUUGUUCAAACUUCAUUCAAUUUGCUUCCCAUGAAAAGAAUUUUUAAGUGUGUAUGUUUUGGGUUUUUAUUAUAGCUCUCCACUGCAUCAAGCUAUAUUAUCAGAGAAUGAUCAAGUUUUUAAUCUUCUACUAAAACAAUCCAGGUAGGUGAAUGUCCUCUUUUUUCCAAAAUUAUCGACUGUCCUAAUACCUAAUUGUCGCUUGCAAGGAUGGAUGGAUGGCAUGGAGAAAAAUGGGAUUUUUCAAACAAUGAAAAGAUAAUGGAACAUUCCGAUCGCUUGAUCGUGACUGGGUGACAUGGCGAACAGUGGGAUUUUCAAAACAAUGAAAAGACAAUGGAAUAUUCUGAUCACUGGAUCGUGACUGGAUGACAUGGCGAACAUUGGGAUUUUCAAAACAAUGUAGAGAAAGUGGAACAUUCUGGUCACUGGAUCAUGACUGAAUUACAUGAAAACAGUGGGAUUUUCAAAUGACUGGAUAGCACUUUUGCUAAAUGCUCAUUGCGAAAUUCAACCUUUCUAUUACUACGAUAUUUUGUUGAAAUUGAUGUUUUAAAUUUCAGUCUAAAUUUGGAAAUCAAAGACAAGAAAGGUCGAACGCCAUUAUGGUUAGCUUUGACAGUUCCUGAUGAGAAAAUCAAUCCAGAUGACGAAGAUUCUGUUGCAGCAAGGUUGUCCCAAGCCGGGGCUUCUCCCGAUUCCAUUGAAACAUCAUCUGGUGAGGACAUUUAUUUCUUUCAUUCCUGUUCACACAAUCAUCCUCUGCUCUUUCUUUUGUUCAUUAUUCUCUUUGUAUCUCUCUUCCUACGCUUCAUUUCAUCUUCAUAUUGAUUCAUUCCCUCCUAGGUGACUCUCUGUUGCAUUUGGCUGCGACACAGUCUCGUCAGAACGCAGGUCUAUUCCUAGCCGGUCAUGGCGCGGAGCCAAACGUCACGAACAAACUCGGAGAGACUCCACUCCAUGGAGCUUGUCGCAGUGGAUUGAUUACCUUGGUCUCGAAGUUAUUGCACUGGUAGGUUUGCGAAAAAUUGCGGGGGGGGGGGAUUUAGGUUGCCACUACAUGGCCACUUUUUGUUCCUGGAAAUCUCAGUUCUUUAAAAAUCUUGCAUUAAUUUUUUCCAGUAUGUAGCCCCAUUUAUAGGCUACCAAAGCUUUCAUACGUUGACAAAUUAUUGUUACAGCUUUAAUAAAUAGAAGGUGGUUCUUUACUGGAUCUCUAGGAAGAACAGUUUAAACCUGAUAAAGCUGUCCAGUAUAAAUAAGUAAAAUUGGUUUAGUUUAGAUGGAAAAUGGAGUUUUGGCAUUUGAAAAGGGAGUUCUGGCGUUUGAAAAGGUACUUCUGGCAUUUGAAAACCACGUUCUGGCAUUUGAAAAGGGAGUUCUGCCAUUUGAAAAGGGAGUUCUGGCAUUUGAAAAAGGAGUUCUGGCAUUUGAAAACCAAGUUCUGCCAUUUGAAAAGGGAGUUCUGGCAUUUAUAAAAGGAGUUCUGGCGUUUGAAAACGGAGUUCUGGUUUUUAAAAGGGAGUUCUGAACCUCUAGGGAGAACAGUUUAGAACUGAUAGAGCUAUCAAGUAUACAUAAAGUUAGUUUAGCAAAAAAGUUGAAGUAUUCAUUUUUUUUCACAGUGGUGCAAAUCCAAAUAUUCAGACGACUGAGACGGAGGAACUAAAACAGAAGUUAUCAGAACGUAGGAAAACGCGGUUGGAGACUAAGGCCGAGGCAAGACGGAAAGCCAUUGCCAUAGCAACUGAAUUGCAAAAUCAGAAACUACAGGAAGCCCUAGCUGCAGAAGAGAUGGAGAAACGAAAAAAACGUGGGUCGAGUACCACCGCAUCGGAGCCUCGGUCCGAGUAUAUUCCUAAUGACUCAUUUGAAGCUGAUUUAGGUAAGCGAGGGGGGGGGGGGUAGGGGGUAAAUGAAUGUCACUGGGGGUGCAAAGGUGUUGGUAACUCAGUGGUUUUGACUUUCACCUCGACAGCAACUACAGUACCCUUGUUGCCCUAAAUAUUCCUUUCUAAUCAAAUACGUAUAUGGUCGUGUUUAUAUAUACCGAAAACCAGUAUUUUACCUCAGUUCCAUGCAAGAAGAAUUCUUCCAGUUUGACUGAGUUUAGUUCUGGUUUCUUCUUGUAGUAGUACUGGAUCAUUAAGAGAUGAUCGUUACUGGACCUCUAUGAAGAACAGUUUAGAACUGAUAGAGUUAUCCAGUAUAAAUAAAGUUAGUUUAGUUUAGGUUUCCUCCUGUAGUAAUACUGGAUCAAUAAGAGAUGAUCCUUACUGGAUCUCUAGGGAGAACAGUUUAGAACUGAUAGAGAUAUCCAGUAUAAAUAAAGUUAUUGUUGUUUGACUGAACGUAUACCUUUCUUAGGAAUAAACAAUCCAUUCAUGGAAUCAGAUGAACAACCAGUCAGUCCACCAGACUUAAAAAACCCGUUCUUUGAUGAUCUUCGCGCAGCAGCAGCGGCUUCGGCCGUCGCGAGAGGAGAUGCGAAUCCAUUUGACCCACCAGCUCAGGUUGAAGAAAGUAAGUUGUGCGCGCCUUCCAACUCCAUUUCAUUUCAUUUCUGCAGUUUGCAAUUUACGCCUCAGUUGUUUUUGAGAAGAGUGCGUCCAAUUAUUUAGUUCAGUUUAGAUUUUCUUCUGUAGUAACACUGGACCAAUAAAAGGUGACCCUUUACUCUAGGGAGAGCAGUUCAGAACUGAUAGAGCUAUCCAGUGCCAAUAAAGAUAAUUUAGUUUAGUUUAGGUUUUUUCCUUUAGUAACACUGGAUCAAUAAGAGAUGAUCCUUACUGAACUUCCAGGAAGAACAGUUUAGAUCUGAUAGUUAUCCAGUAUAAAUAAAGUUAGCUCAGUUUAGGUUUCCUCCUCCUGUAAUAACACUGGAUCAAUAAGAGAUGAUCCUUACUGAACUUCCAGGAAGAACAGUUUAGAUCUGAUAGAGUUAUCCAGUAUAAAUAAAGUUAGCUCAGUUUAGGUUUCCUCCUGUAGUAGCACUGGAUCAUUAAGAGAUGAUCGUUACUGGACCUUUAGGGAGAACAGUUUAGAACUGAUUGAGCUAUCCAGUAUAAAUAAAGUUAGUUUAGUUUAGGUUUCCUCCUGUAGUAACACUGGAUCAAUAAGAGAUGAUCCUUACUGGACCUCUAGGAAGAACAGUUUAGAACUGAUAGAGCUAUCCAGUAUAAAUAAAGUUAGUUUAGUUUAGGUUUCCUCCUGUAGUAACACUGGAUCAAUAAGAGAUGAUCCUUACUGGACCUCUAGGAAGAACACUUUAGAACUGAUAGAGCUUUCCAGUAUAAAUAAAGUCAGUUUGGUUUAGGUUUCCUCCUGUAGUAACACUGGAUCAAUAAGAGAUGAUCCUUACUGGACCUCUAGGAAGAACAGUUUAGAACUGAUAGAGCUAUCCAGCAUAAAUAAAGUUAGUUUAGUUUAGGUUUCCUCCUGUAGUAACACUGGAUCAAUAAGAGAUGAUCCUUACUGGACCUCUAGGAAGAACAGUUUAGAACUGAUAGAGCUAUCCAGUAUAAAUAAAGUUAGUUUAGUUUAGGUUUCCUCCUGUAGUAACACUGGAUCAAUAAGAGAUGAUCCUUACUGGACCUCUAGGAAGAACAGUUUAGAACUGAUAGAGCUAUCCAGUAUAAAUAAAGUUAGUUUAGUUAGGUUUCCUCCUGUAGUAACACUGGAUCAAUAAGAGAUGAUCCUUACUGGACCUCUAGGAAGAACAGUUUAGAACUGAUAGAAGCUAUCCAGUAUAAAUAAAGUUAGUUUAGUUUAGGUUUCCUCCUGUAGUAACACUGGAUCAAUAAGAGAUGAUCCUUACUGGACCUCUAGGAAGAACAGUUUAGAACUGAUAGAGCUAGCUAUCCAGUAUAAAUAAAGUUAGUUUAGUUUAGGUUUCCUCCUGUAGUAACACUGGAUCAAUAAGAGAAGAUCCUUACUGGAAGGAAGACAGUUUAAAAAUAAUAGAGCGUUAUGAGCUAUCCUGUAAAAAUAAAGUUAGUUGACUUAGUUUAGUUAAGUGACUGGCGUUUCUUCAAAGAGAUACUUUCCAAGUUUUCAUCAUUUGUUGACCCAACAUUUUAUAUCAUUUACAAAUUUAGGAUCCAGGAGACAAUCGGAGAAACAGCACAAGGGAAUCUCGGAACCGAGAAAGGAAUUCACAGAAACAGAGAUUGAGGAGUUGAUACUUGAACAUAAUUUAUACGACGAGAGUUUGAACAGUUUGGUUGUCGACUGUCAUGGCAAAACACCGCUGCAUUACUCCAUCAUUGAAAAACAUGAGAAUGUUAUAAACUGUUUUAAAGAGUUUGAUGGUAGGUAAUAUGUGGUUGGUUGUGACAGAGGCUGAAUUCUUGCAAUAUGCAGUUGUCUGAUUAUAAUUUUAAUUCAGUCACAUGUGAGAAGACUGCUUUCAAUUUAACUCUACCAAGCAAAACACCCUUUUCAAAUAGCAAGUCACCCUUUUUAAAUAGCAAGACACCCUUUUCAAAUAGCAAAAGACCCUUUUCAAAUAGCAAGACACCCUUUUCAAAUAGCAAGACACCAUUUUCAAAUAGCAAAAUACCCUUUUCAAAUAGCAAAACACCCUUUUCAAAUAGCAAAACACCCUUUUCAAAUAGCAAGACACCCUUUUCAAGUAGCAAAACACCCUUUUCAAACAGCAAAACACCCUUUCCAAAUAGCAAAACACCCUUUUCAAAUAGCAAAACACCCUUUUCAAAUAGCAAGACACCCUUUUCAAAUAGCAAAACUCCCUUUUCAAAUAGCAAAACACCCUUUUCAAAUAGCAAAACUCCCUUUUCAAACAACAAAACACCCUUUUCAAAUAGCAAAACUCCCUUUUCAAAUAGCAAAACACCCUUCAAAUAGCAAAACUCCCUUUUCAAACAGCAAAACACCCUUUUCAAAUAGCAAACCUCCCUUUUCAAACAGCAAAACACCCUUUUUGAAUAGCAAAACUCCCUUUUCAAAUAGCAAAACUCCCUUUUCAAAUAGCAAAACUCCUGUUUCAAAUAGCGAAACUCCCUUUUCAAAUAGCAAAACUCCCUUUUCAAAUAGCAAAACAUAAAUUUAUGGGCGUUUAUUACCGUGGUAUUAAGACAACGAUACGGGUCUGUUUUGUUUGUGUUUUGCUCAUGAAUUAUUAAAGUAUUGAGAACGAAAUAUGUUUUGUUUCCAAAUUUUCUCAGACAUGGUAAGCAGUGGUGGUCGUCUGAACCUCGCACCAGACUUUGACAUUUGCGACAGCGAAGAACAAUCUGCCUUGGAGCAUGCGCUCUUGACAGCACAAUAUCGCUUGGCCGAGAGUAUCUUGGAGGCUGGGGCGAAUAUCGACCUUCAGGAUUCUCAAGGAUGUAGUCUGAUGUUGAAAACAAUCCAACGUAAAGAUGUGCCCAGUGCCUUGUUUUUGAUCGAACAUGGCGCUGAUAUCAAUGUGAGGUGAGGAGGCAAAUAUGUUUGAAUUUUGGGUCACUUAAAUCAUGCCGCGGUUUGUGUAAACGUGUCCCACGCUUCAGAUAUCUUCAAACCUACCAUAUCAUACAGUAUUACACUUUCCCUCAGUACAUGCCAUGCCAUGCCAUACCAUACCAUACCCAGGGUUCGUGCUUACUCCUUAAGUCCUUAAAUACAACUUGACUUUUCAAGGGCGCUUGAAAAGCUCUUGAAAUUUACAGUUUUAAAAACAACUCCUUAAAUACUCCAUGAAUUCUUAAAAGGUUUUGCUAAAUAGUAAGUGAAACCAUAGUAUUAACUUUUGUUAGUUGCCAUAGGUAUUCCGUGGUGCAAAAACCCGCGUUAGAAACAAAUCGUUGAUACAAAUUCGUCAAUAUUACACCAAGUAUUUCGUUUGGAAGCUACACUGGUCAAUAAACCGUGGGCUCGAUCUGGGUUCGAUUUUCCCGCCAUUUUCGAUGUUUUCAUUUUCGUUGAAAGAAAACAUCUCAAACACUCCUUGAAAAGUAGUACUUUACUUCUUUAAAACUCCUUAGUUACUCCUUGAAUUUGACCUUUCAAGACCAGCACGAACCUAGAAGUCGAACCGAGAAAAAAAUUGGAAAGGACUUUGGGAAAGUCUAGCACGAACCCUGCAUACCACAUACCAUACCAUAUGCCAUGCCAUACUAUACUAUAUCUUAACAUAUAACAUACGAUACCAUACCAUACCAUACUUCACCAUACCAUACCAUACCAUACCAUACCAUGAUAUGGUUUGGUAUGGUAAGGUGUGGUAUGGUAUGGUAUGGUACGCCAUACCAUACCAUACCACACUUACCAUACCAUACCAUAUCAUACCCUACUCUACCAUACUAUACCAUACCAUGCCAUGCUACCAUAUCAUACCAUAUCUUACCAUACCAUUCCAUACCAUAUCAUACCCUACUCUACCAUACUAUACCAUACCAUGCCAUGCUAUACCAUGCCAUAUCAUACCAUAUCUUACCAUACCAUUCCAUCCCACACAAAAACUAAUUUCAAAGAAACAGCACUCGAUUGAACCACUAGAUGUUUAAUAACUAACCCUCUCUCUCAAUCCAGAACAAAAGAAAACCAGUCAGUAUUGCAGCUGGCAAUCAGCCAUCGCCUUCAACCGGUAGUAGACUCUCUAUGUAAGAAUGGUGCUGAUCCUAAUGUCGCUGAUGAAUACGGCAACUGUCCUCUUUGGACGGCAAUGAAAAGCAAGCAGUUUGGAAUUGCAGAAACUUUGGUAAGCGAAGGUGGGGUUAGGAUAUGGAAAUAAUUGCAGAUGGUAGCACAGUUGUUAGUGAAUGUGCUUUCCCUUUGUCACUGCGUCUGAUUCCAGCAAUAUGCUCUAUAUGCAGUUGUCCGAUUAUAAUUUUACCUCACUUGGGAGAAGAGUGCUUCCAGUUUGACUCUGCCAAACACUGCAUAUUUUCUCCUGCAGUAACAAUGGGUUAAUAAAAAUCGAACUUGCUAGACAUCUAAACGUUUACGGAAGUGUCUAGCAAAGUAUUUAUGAAGUAUUUAUUCUCGAUAAGAACAAAUGUGAAUCAAAUAUACAAUUGUAUUUUUCAAUUUUCAGGUGAGUCACGGAUGCAAUACGAACGUCUGGCACAAAGGACCAAAUAAUUGUAUCCAGUCUCUUUUACAUCGCGCGAUCCACGAGAAAGAUGAGGAUGCGGGCUGUUUCGUAAUCAAGUGUAAAUGUGAUAUCAACAGGUUUGUGCUAAGCUAGACAUAGUUCUCCCUAGAGGUCCAGAAAGAGUCCUCUUUUCUUGGUCCAAUGUGUCUGCAGGAGGAAACCUAAACUAAACUAACUUUAUUUAUACUGGUUAGCUUUAUCAGUUCUAAACUGUUCUUCCUAGACGUCCUGUAAGGAUCAUCUCUUAUUGAUCCAGUGUUACUACAGGAGGGAACCUAAACUAAACUAACUUUAUUUAUACUGGAUAGCUCUAUCAGUUCCACACUGUUCUUCCUAGAGGUCCAGUAAGAAUCAUCUCUUAUUGAUCUAGUGUUACUACAGGAGGAAACCUAAACUAAACUAACUUUAUUUAUACUGGAUCGCUCUUUCAGUUCUAAACUGUUCUUCCUAGAGGUCCAGUAAGAGUCAUCUCUUAUUGAUCCAGUGUUACUACAGGAGGAAACUUAAACUAAACUAACUUUAUUUAUACUGGAUAGCUCUAUCAGUUCUGAACUGUUUUCCCUAGAGGUCCAGUAAGGAUCAUCUCUUAUUGAUCCAGUGUUACUACAGGAGGAAACCUAAACUAAACUAACUUUAUUUAUACUGGAUAGCUCUAUCAGUUCUAAACUGUUCUCUCUAGAGGUCCAGUAAGGGUCAUCUCUUAUUGAUCCAGUGUUACUACGGGAGGAAACCUAAACUAAACUAAUCUUAUUUAUACUGGAUAGCCCUAUCAGUUCUAAACUAUUCUCUCUAGAGGUCCAGUAAGGAUCACGUCAUCAUAAAAUUAUUGUUAACUCUCGUUCUCGGUCCUAAAAACCCCCAGAAAAGGCUAUUAUUUUAUUUAUUAUAUUUAUUCUAUAUUUUGAAAAAUGUCAGCAUUUUUGCAACUUCUUGAGAAGCUUACUACGAGUUUGUUAUGAACACACUUCGAGACAAGAUAUGAAACAUUUUUAUGUGACUUUAUUUCAAAAUCUAUUUCAGUCCACGUCGUCCCUCCACAGACGGAACAGGCGGAGUAGAAGCCUGGGAUGGACUCACUCCUCUUCAUUUAGCAUGUAUGGCUGGCUUGGAUAAGAUCGUGCAAUUCUUGGUGCAAGAAAAUGCUCAAGUCAAUAUUCAGGUACGAAUCAAGUUUCAAAACAACCUUCUUUGCAAAAUAUAUUUCUCUUUGUGGCAACAAAUUCCAAAAGUAAACAUUUCCUGUGUAAGAUGCUUGUGAUGUUACUCUGAGUGUAUAUCCACACCGGGCUGGCUUGAAAAAUAUGCCUGGCCAGGCAUAUCACAAGCAUCUUAUUCACCUGAGUACAUUACACCAACACAGCAAAUAUCAUUUCCUGUAUAAGUCAUAAAUAAAACCGCAUAUGUAGAUUUCAGAGAACAUACGUGCCGCAAGACAAAGAUUCCCUGCAAGAUUGUAAGAAAAUUUCCUGCAAGAUGUAAAAACAUUUCCACCAGAUCAAUAAGGGAGAACAAUUUAGAACUGGUUGAUCUUAGAGUUGUGAAUGAAGUUACAUUAGUUAAGUUUCGUCCUGUAGUAACACUGGAUCAAACUGUUCUUUACAAUCAUUUCAUUUAUUUCCAGGACUCCGAGGGCCGAGGUCCAAUACAUGUCUCUAUACUGAGUGGUCAUCCUAUUCCCACACAAUUACUUCUGGGUCAUCCUGAACUCAAUCUCACAUUAGAAGAUCGCACUGGUCAAACACCAUUUGCAGUUGCCUUGGAUACGAAAGAUCACAAAUCUGCCGAGGCCAUUCUGUCUAGAGAACCAAACGCUGCUGAAAGGGUAUGUAGGGAUUACUAAUGUAUGAAUUAGGAUAUUUCUUGUUAAUACCAAACCUUACCAUACCAUACCACAUCACAUCAAAAACACACCAUACCCAUACCGUACCAUGUUAAAACAUACCAUACCACACUAUACCCUUCCAUUCUAUUCUAUACAACACCAUGUCAUACCACACCUUACAUACCAUGCCAUACCAUACCACCAUACAUACCAUACCUUACCAUACCAUAUCAUGCCAGACCAUUCCACACCAUGCUAUGACAUACUAAACCUUAUACUAUGGACCACAAUCCAUCCAUGGUAAAUCUUCCAUUAUGAGCCGAUCUAACAUUUAUUUUUUUAUGUCCAUACGUUGAAUUUAUUCUUUCCACAGUAUGACAAGAAAGGUCGCAACUAUCUUCAUCGCGCGAUACUCGGUGGUAAUGUUGAGAAGGUUCUGUUCCUCAUCAGUGUUAGCGCUAACAUCCAUAUUCCAGUCCAAGAUUCCAGUCUUAUCACUCCGUUACACCUUGCAGUCCAGGCUGGCUCAGAAAUCAUCGUCAGGCAUCUGGUAAACUAACUUUGUUUAUACUGGAUAGUUUUUGCCUUUCCUUAUUAGUAAAUUACUUUAUUUAUAAUCAAUGGAUAACUCUAUCAGUACUAAUUACUGUAACUGUUCACCCUAGAGGUACAGUCAGAGAGAGUCAAGAGAGAACCUGCCGUGUUUGGUCAUAGUUAACAGAAGAGAUGGUUUGGAAACUCAUUAGAAUAACAAUAUAACGCAUUAUCUAUGUUAGUCAACGUUUAUUCAUAAAGCUGGUCGUUCACUGUCACGUGCCUAUUGUAUUUUUGCCCAACUAACCAAUAGCAAUGUUUUAGGAAAGUUGCCUAUCCAUGACUCGAACAAUGGGGUAAAUUGGAAAAUGCUAUUGGUGAAUUUGGGAAAUAAAAUACACACCUAACGGUGAAGGACCAGAUUUAUGAAUAAACGUUGACUAACAUAGAUAAUGAGUUAUAUGUUAUUCUAAUGAAUUUCCAAACCAUCUAUAUUAACUAUGGUUUGGUAAGUCAAACUGGAAGCAUUCUUCUCACAUGUGACUGAGGUGAAAUUAUAAUCUAACAACUGCACAUCGCAGGAAUGGAACCUCAGAGUCACAGAGAUAAAAGAUACAUAGACUAAGAAUUGUGGCACUAACACUCCUAAUAGCAUCUUGAACAACAUUAUUUGAGCCUGCACGUGUGAAAUUGAUUAGUACUUUAUAAUAAUUUCUUGAAUAUUUUGAAUAUAGAUCCUAGCAGGAGCAAAUGUUAAUGCGAUGGACAAACACAAGAAGACGCCAUUGCACGAGGCCGCUGAUAAUGACAGAGCGAACGUUUUAGCAAUAUUAAUACAAAAUGGCGUCAAUGUCAGCGAAGUCGACAACAAGAACAACAACGGUAUAUAUGGUUAAACUUCAUUAAACAAUUUUGGGCGUUUCACACGACUUAAACUAAACUAAACUAACUUUAUUCUGAAUAACUCUAUCAUAAUUAUCUAUUUAUGUAUACUGUGUAAAGGCUAAUUUACACUACACAAUUUUUGCCUUAAACUGUCGCAUGCAACCUGCUUACAAUUUGAGUUGCACUAUGUAAAUCAAGCACAUAACUCACUUACGACAACGUAAGCGGUGUAAGCAGGUUGCAUGCGACAGUUUUAGGCAAACGUUUUGUAGUGUGAAUUGACUUUGACUUUAUCACUUCUCAACAUUUUACCCAGAGGUCCCGUAAGAACUAUGCUGUAUUGUUCCGAUGUUGCUGCAGGAGGAAUCUGAAAUACUCAGAAAAGACUUGCAGUGUUUCCUCGAGUCAGCACUCUUCUCAUAUUCCUCCUAAACAAAAUUAUAGUCAGAAAAAUGUUCAUUCCAGGAAUCCAAGCCCGGCUACAGAGACAUAUAGCACCCGACAUAAAUGAAGACCAGUUCCAAUACAGUAAUUUUACAACCGCAUAAGUAAUCUGUUGUUUUAUGUCCGAGUGCUUAACGUCUGCAUGUAUUCUACUUCAGCUCUUCAUUUGGCUGUACAGCAAGGUCAUAUCAAUUCAGUGAGAGAACUUCUAAGCGAGUCGUCAGUCGAUGCCACUGCAGUCAACGCCAGGUAUGUUUGAACUAAAACUGUGUAUAAAUUUUCGUUCGAAAAUUCCCGAUCUACUGAAAACUACAGUUGUACUCGAGCAAUGUGCCCAAACUCUUGAUCUGAUAUUUGUCCUUAUGAUCUUGAACAGUCUGCACCGGUGUAGGUGGCGCCAAUAAUAACAAAGCUUUGGAUUGAUAGGGAUACAACUACCUGAAAAAUACAAGGAGAACUUCGACGAGCCCCUCAUCGGGAAGUUAAGUGGUCCUUCAUUUGAAACAUCGAAGUUCUCUUUGUAUUUUUCAGGUAGUUGCAUCCCUGUCAAUCGACAGCUGUCUUCUUUGCCAAUAUACCUAGCAAUGACAUCGCUCUACUAUAUCUACAAUAUAUGAAAGUGUGCAGUUAGAGCUGGAUAACUGGGCUCUGUAGCUCGGUUAGAGCGCUGUAUCAGAAUCGCAGGGCAUCAGGUUCGAUUCCCGCCAGAGGGCCUGUAGAUGCUCCUGGUUAGAUGUAACAUUGUAUAUAAUCCAUAUACAUGUGCAAAAAACAUUUACAUUCAUGUUUAAGUAAGCACCUCUUCCAUGACAAAAUUUGUUUGUGUGUUUGUAUACUGCUUUGUAAUAUCUGAAUGUUAUUUUCAUUUUAAGAGGCCAGAAUUCCCUCCAUACAUUAGCUCAAUAUGCGAAGGAUAACGCUGGUGCCAUUUUUGAAAUCUUCCGUCAAAAUCUGCCCAACUUUCCUAUCAACUCCCUAGACGCCGAAGAGAAUACAGGUAAUAAACCUAAACUAAACUAACUUCAUUUAUACUGGAUAACUUUAUCAGUUCUAAACUGUUCUCCCUAGAGGUCCAGUAAGGUUCAUCUCUUAUUGAUCCAGUGUUACUACAGGAGGAAACCUGAAAUAAACUAACUUUAUUUAUACUGGAUAGCUUUAUCAGUUCUGAACUGUUCUUCCUAGAGGUCCAGUAAGGUUCAUCUCUUAUUGAUCCAGUGUUACUACAGGAGGAAACCUGAACUAAACUAACUUCAUUUAUACUGGAUAGCUCUAUAUCAGUUCUAAACUGUUCUCCCUAGAGUUCCAGUAAGGUUCAUCUCUUAUUGAUCCAGUGUUACUACAGGAGGAAACCUAAACUAAACUAACUUCAUUUAUACUGGAUAGUUCUAUCAGUUCUAAACUGUUCUCCCCAGAGUUCCAGUAAGGUUCAUCUCUUAUUGAUCCAGUGUUACUACAGGAGGAAACCUGAACUAAACUAACCCACUGUUACUGCAUGAGAAAUUCAAGAAGAAAGAGAAAAGGAGGUGUUUGGUAGAGUUAGACCGGAAGCACUCUUCUCACAUCUAACUGAAGUGAAAUUACAAUCAGACAACAGCAUAUUGCAGGAAUGGAACCACAAUUUCAGAGGUGAAGGGAGCCAACAUCAAACACAAACGUUUUUUACAUUUUUUUUGCAAACUAUUCUCCUUCAUUUUCCCUAGCUCUUCUGCUGGCGUAUCUCAAUGGCAAUGGCAGGCUAUGUCGGGAACUGCUCAAAAAUGGCAGCACGCUGUCCGCUGUCAAUAAAAAUGGAAUUUCAAUAUUCAACGCUGAAGUCGCUUCCAAGAAACUUUUAUUUUCAUUAUUAGGUAAGGAUAAUUCAUAUUAUUAAAAUUUGAAAUUGGUAAUUUCAUUACUAAUUUGGCCAUAAAGAAGCGCCUUUUUUUCCACAAAUACCAAAAUUAUUUUAAGCUGCCAUGGUUUGUGCGUGAACUAUAGGCGACUAGAUGAAAAAAUAUUGAAAAUAUUUUCACGUUGGGAACGAAGGCAUUCAUGAGGAAGACAGUUUCUACUACUGACCUUACAACAAAGUCGAAAGAACCUUUUUGAGAAGGUUGUUGGGCUGUCAUCCCGUGACGAAGGAGCAGCUUUGUUCUUAAAUACUGUACCUACACUGCAGUUGCCAAUAAGUAUUCUUGAUUAAAUUAUUUGUAUAGAUUUAUUGAACGCCGAACCGCCUUGGUCAGAUGGCAAUUUCUGUCAUGAAUGUUCAAUGAAAUUUUCUGUCACCAACAGAAAGCAUCACUGGUAUGUUUUAAAAAUUUUCAAACUAAACUAAAGUAAUUUUAUUUAUACUGGAUGCUUUAUCAGUUCUAAACUGUUCUUCCUAGAGGUCCAGUAAGGAUCAUCUCUUAUUGAUCCUGUGUUACUACAGGAGGAAACCUAAACUAAACUAACUUUAUUUAUUUAUACUGGAUAGCUCUAUCAGUUCUAAACUGUUCUUCCUAGAGGUCCAGUAAGGAUCAUCCCUUGUUGAUCCAGUGUUACUACAGGAGGAAACCUAAACUAAACUAACUUUAUUUAUACUGGAUAGCUUUAUCAGUUCUAAACUGUUCUUCCUAGAGGUCCAGUAAAGAUCAUCUCGUUGAUCCAGUGUUACUACAGGAGGAAACCUAAACUAAACUAACUUUAUUUACACUGGAUAGCUUUAUCAGUUCUAAAUUGUUCUUCCUAGAGGUCCAGUAAGAGUCAUCUCUUAUUGAUCCAGUGUUACUACAGGAGGAAACCUGAACUAAACUAACUUUAUUUAUACUGGAUAGCUCUAUCCGUUCUAAACUGUUCUCCCUAGAGGUCUAGCAGUGUUACUACAGUGUUACUACAGGAGAAAACCGAAGACAACCUAUGCUGUUUGGUUGAGUCAAGCUACACCAAUAUGCUAUAAAAUGUUUGGCCAUUCCUUCAACAAUGUUUCUCGUUCUAUUUCAGUCGCCAUUGUGGACGCUUACUCUGCGCAAAAUGUUCCACGAAACAAAUGCCAAUUCUUAAGUAUGAAUUAACUAAACCUGUAAGAGUCUGUGAGGUCUGUUUUGACAUGCUUAAUAAUGCAGGAACCAGCUUCUAUUGAGCUUUUUAAACAAAAUGAAACAGGGAAUGAAACAUGGCUCAACGCAAUUGUCUUGUUUUGUACUAAAUACUACUGUUAUUUUGCAAAAUUUUCGAUCCAGUAAAGACACCGUGUUGCCUGUUGAGCGAUUUUAUGCCGUCAUGUUAAGUCCAAAAUUCAAUCGAAGAUUCGUUGUAAAUUAGGCCAACUUUUAUAACAUAAUGAGCCAAUAUAAUAUCACCACUCUUUUUGUACAAAUGCGAAAAGCUUCAAUACGUUCGUGAAUUUUUUCGAUCGAUCUUUCAAGUUUCACGCCGACCUAAAUCACAUCGCUCAGCAGGUAGGGAUGAAGAUUCAAAUUUACAGUUCGAAAAAUUUGUAAAUAAACGUAAUGUUUUCUACAAAACAAUUUCUAUUUAUCGCCUGGCAAAAGAGUAAUAAUAGCAUAAUAGCUCACUGAAUUCAAUAAUAUUUAUUACCUGAAUGAUAUUCAAAUGUAAGGGCAAUACAAUAGGCAAUAAGACUAUAAGUGCAUAUUGGAAAUAUCAGUCUUAUUUCUAUGCGUGGUUGUUCUCGAUCUGUUUACUACCGGUGUAAACACUUAAGGCAUUGUAAUUGAUAUCUAAUUACCGCCAUUUUUGGCUCACUUUUUAUUCAAGAAAUAAUGGCCCUCUGCAUUAUAUUUAGCAUUGCAUUCAGAGAGUCGCUUGCUUACGAGCUUUGCACUUACGAGAGUGAUUCACCCUCCCCCCUGAAAAUAUUCAAAAUGGCGGACGUGAUUCAGAAUUGUGAUUCAGUGACCAGAAUGUUUCGUUGUCCUUUUUCAAUGUUUUUAAAACCCCUCCGUUCUUCGUGCCAUCCAAUCAUUCAUUAUUUUGACAUAUAUUUUUGAAAGGACAACUGAUAAUGGUUGAACAAUAACGUUACUGGUCAGAAAUGAACGAAAUUUGAAUUGAAAAUAUAAAUUUGGUUAUUGAAUGAAUAUAUACGCGUUUCAACUUGUUUGACCGUCGUGUAAUUAGCGAUGUUUGAGGACACUUUAGUUCACUCAUUCAUAAGAUGUCGUAAGAGGUCUUAUUUAGUAUUACUAUGAGACUUAUCCGGUGAUAUUGGGCUUCUCCGUUGAGACAUCACACCCAACCGUAGGGGGUUAACUUUAAGUUGACAUCUAUGGCAAUGUUCGGUGCAAUGAAUGAUUUGGGGGAUUUUGUUUGGCUUUUGUUUUUCCGCUACUGUUGCCACUUUGUUGCUGUUUUGACGGCGGUGUUGUUUUUUUUAUAAAGUUUAUUGCGCUUGGGAGUCGGGACUACUUUAUUUCAUUCCGGUAUAUAUUUCUAAUGACGUGUAUUGAUCCUCAAAUGCGGAUAUCUCAAUGGUAUUUCAAGUGCUGCUCAUUGCAGAAUGUUAUAUAAUUUGAAUAGAAUUAAUUGAGCCAAACUUUAUAUAGUUCUUUCUACAAGUUAAAAAAAGAAUCUUAAAUUAAUUUCUUUUACGAUUAGAACGCCAUUUGUCUUUUGCCAUUGUUCGGAGAACAUUCGUAUAACCUUCGUAUAUUGUCGUACCAAAAUACUAUCAAAAAUAUAGACUUACAAAGGCCAUCUUUCUUUCAAUUUAAGAAGUAAAGGAUAUUUUAACGAUAUAUACAUUUUAUCUAUCAGAUUAUUCGGAGACAAUUACUUCCUAAUUUGUAAGUAUUUAUAUUUUUAUUAUGUUAUAUUUUUGUUAUUCAUGAGUUUCUAGUGCAUACUAACUCUUUCUUUUCAAUAGUUUUGAAGGCUGUUCUUGAAGAUUAUUCCCAAAGUCAAAACGCCAAAAACUUUUUGGUAAAUAUAGUUUGAAAGUAAUUCUGGUGUUUAUUAUAUAACAUCCUGUGAUCCUAACCAAUUGACUUCGUUUGGAACGUCUUUUUCGAGUGGUAGUCAUAAACUAUGGGCCCUUACUGUCGAAUACACUUGACCCCCUGGUCUGGAAUAACAGACACAGGAGCGGCUGGCAUCGGUCUGCUAUUGACUAUGCCGACCCCCGCGUUUGCGAUACCUUUUUAGGAAGUUCAGACACAAACCACGGCAGCUUAUUGUGGAAUACUACCCACACUGGACCACCACGUUUGAAAUAUCUUUUUCAGAUAGUUCAGACACAAACUAUGACAGCUUAUUGUAGAAUACUACCUACACUAGACCACCACGUUUGAUAUAUAUUUUUCAGGUAGUUUAGACACAAACCACGACAGCUUAGUGUAGAAUACUACCUACACUGGACCACCACGUUUGAGAUAUCUUUUUCAGGUAGUUCAGACACAAACCACGGCAGGCCAGUGUAGGUAGUAUUCUACAAUAAGCUGUCGUGGUUUGUGUCUGAACUACCUGAAAAAGAUAUCUACAAUAAGCUCUCGACUCUCAUGGUUUGUGUGUGAACUACCCAGAAACGCGAACGUGGGUCUAGUGAGUAGUGUAGGUAGUUCAGACACAAACUACGCUUAUUGUAGAAGCGUCGCGUUGCCUGGAAUCGCGGUGGGGGUGUCUGGACUUUACGUGGGGAACAAUUUUUCCGGUUUCGAUGAGGAAAUGGCCAAGUAUGACUUUCCAUGAAUGAAGGGAAAUAGUUUAUUUUUAAUGUUUUACGAAUACGACAUAAGCCCCAGUGACACGAUAUUCGCUUUUUGCGACAUCAACAUACGCCCUUCAGGAACAAUCUCAAGCCCACAAAAUUCCCUCCUUUUACAGUUUUCGUUUUAUUCUGCCGUAUUAUAGCAAUUUGAAGUAAGAUAUUUCUGAAACCGUUAAAUUUGAUGUCGUGACAAGCGAACCCGUAUCGUGUGACUGGUGUCUUAAUCGCUGAACAAACAAUGAUGAGAGUUGGAGCACAGUAUAGCAGGGUUCGUAGCGGUCUUUGAAAUCCUUGAAAAGUCUUUAAAUUUGAAUGCAGGUCUUUAAGGUCUUUGAAAAGUCUUUGAAGUGUGAGAAAAAGCGAAGAAGGUCUUUAAAAGUCUUUAAAUUUCUUAGUGAUUAUUUGAUUAUACGAUUUCCUAGCUAAUAAAAUAGAUUGAUUGAAGCAAGAUUUUCGCAAAUAUCGACGAAAAAGUGCAUUUUAGGAUGUGAUUUGACGGGACUAAUUACCUGGUAAAAAUGGUGCUUAUACAUUGCAAUUUUUCGACACCUGCAUGAUUGCUCUCAAAGGUCUUUGAAAAGUCUUUGACAAUAGGCAGAAAAAAUCUUUGAAAGUCUUUGAAAUUUUUUGGUCUUGGAGACUACGAACCCUGUUUAGGGAAACAACAGUAGGGCCACUCAGCAUCAAAAAGUGUCCAUAUAUCAUUUACUGGCUGCCAACCUGAUUAACAUAUUGGCAGCCAGUAAACGGCAGCAGUUCACUAUAAAAUUGUAUUCAGAAUAAAUGGUUUUGGCCGCGCCAGAAACCUGGGACUAGCUUAAAAAAUUCCAACUUUUGUCUCCCCUGAGCGGCCCUACUGGUUGUCUCUCUCUACUGUGGUUGGCGGUUAAACAUGAGAAUUGCAACGCUCAUCAGAUCUCAUCUUCGUUUGAUUGUAGUACAAACACUUAAAGUAAAAGGUUUUUGUUUGCUUUUAGUGCUUUUAGAAAAUGUUAAUUAAUUUAUGGCGUUUAUAACCAGCUGCAUGCACACUUAAAAUUAAAAUCAUGAAAUUGCUGCAUGUUUUAAAUUUUUAAUGAAAUGCACUUUCCUUUUUUUUCCCUUUAGAUUUUAUCAUCCCAAACUGUCGGCUUCAAUACAAAGCUAAAGAGUCAAAGGUAGGCCUGAACUCGACUGGACUGGAUUAUUGGACUGGUAGACCGGACUUUUGGGAUGUAAAUGUAAAUCUUUGUUAUAUAAACUGCGAACUUUUGCAGAUGAUACAACUACGUAAAUACUCUGGUUGCCAGAGGUUCUGUAUCUUUCGCCGGAAUAAGGCGAAAGAUACAGAACCUCUGGCAACCAGGGUACUACCUAAAAAACACGAGAAAAAAACAACUUUCGAGCGAAGGUCCUUUCCUCUGUUUGGCUACUGACACGUACGUCUUUUCAUAUCAAUUGUAUUUUAUAUUUUAUAUUUUAUACGUUGUUUCAACAAGACUAAUACAGGUUGUUCAUAACAAGUUGCUACGAGCUUGUUGUCAUCAACUUGUUAACAACUUGUUACGUGCAGACGAUAUCAAACUUGUUGGAACAACUUGCUGCGAGUCUGUUGGCCUCAUCAACCCGUUGUUAUAGAUUUAUCAACAACUGCAGCAGUUAGAUAUGUGCAUACGCGUGCAAUUAUUAUAUAUUAUCAAUUUAUGUCGGGCAAAUGCGUUGUUUUAAUUCUUCCCUUAUCAAGGGGCUCUCAUAUAGCAAAUUCCGACAAAUCGACAAUUCCAUUCCAGUUGACCAGCUGUUGAUGAGUCCAGUACAGUGACUCUAGUCCAGGUCUAUAGUUUUCAUUCGAAAUCCGCUUGGGCGGAGCGAAGCCACUAAUAAAUACGUUGUUGCAGGUCUGAAGUUAAGUCAUUCCCCGCUGUGUCACAGAGUUGGUAAGAAGCAAAUAUUUAUUGGCGCUGGUGCAAGACGGUAUUUGGCGCGAAAAGUGAAGUCGAGUCGGUGAGUGUCUAAAGACUAAUGACUGUAAGGUUUUGUUCUUAAAUUUCUACUUGUGCUGUCGUUGUUUGUUUAUGAAUUACCGGAACUGAGAUAUCUCAAAAGCGGAGGUCCAGUGUAGAAUUUAACAUUUAUAAGCUAUCGUGGUUUGUGUUGCCGCAUUUCUGGUUCAGUGUAAGUUGUUGUAUUCUACAUUAAACAUGCACCCAUAGUUAAUUUAGAUACACUGAGUAUAUCUAACAACAGAGACAUGGAAAGGCUCUCCCAGAACAGUAUUUGCCACUUGUGAAAAAAGACAAAAACAAGUAGUUUUCGGUGCAUGAAUAAAUCAGAUAUUCUUGUAUCAUCAAUUCCUGCUUGUAUAUAAAUACAAGCUUCUUUUUAACCCUGACGAUGGACGAUCGUCAGUGAAAGCUUGUUCUUUAUGUAGUUUUUACAUUAAUUUUUAAUCAAGUUUUUAAUGACAAGGCUAGAAGAAACAUAAAUUACGAAUUUAAGACCGAGUCUUGGUGUUGUAAUGUUUGCUCAGUGUUGAAACAUGUUAA